UUCGUUCUGAAAUUUUUUGAUUUCGGCACUGGGGCGAGUUUGAUAGCUGUCGGGCCUAUGAUAAUGUUUGGGAGGAAAAUGUGUAGAUAAAUUUUAUCUUAUACUGUUAUAGAAUAACGUAAACCUCACUUUAACUCCGAUUUCGUGUGUUUUGUAUGUGAAAAAUGAACGAGAACUUGCCUCUAAAUUUGGACGUCACCAACACAUUCUGACAUUGAUUGAGAUUAUAUAUCAAUCAAAAAAAUGACUGAAGAGGACACUGGCAGAGGGCACCGAUCUCAAAAAUCCCCGCUGAAAAAGCAGACUAAAGUCAAUCCGCAGACGAACCAUGAAAAUGGUGCUGCCAUUUUGCAGGUCAAAUCCGUUAAAACCAGGGAGGAAAUAACAAACAGUCAUGUUGUGGAAGGGCUUGAAACAGAGACAGAGAUGGCUGAUGAAGCAUCAUCCACACAGGUUGCCAGCGCCAAAAAUGGAGCUACUCAUAAUGAUAAUAUUGAUAUAAAUGGUGAUAUUGUAAGAAAUGGGGAUGUGUCCCUUAAACAUGUGACUGUGAGUAGCAAGCAGACAGGAGAUGAUAACAAUUCAGCAUUUCAUUGUACCUGUGGUUCCAGCGAAAAAUGCAUCGCAUCAUUGAGGGAUCAGCACAUCAUGGAGAAGUUGAUUUACGUGAUAGCCCUGGUGACAGUCAUCACAUUGGUCUACAGCCUCCUCGAGGUCCAGUGGUUCCUCCCUUACUACUACACAGUCUCACUCCCAAUACUUAUUGUAUUCAGAUAUUUUCUCUUUUUUAAACUCGAGUAUCAAUAUUUCCUCCUGGAUUUCUGCUACUUUGGUAAUUUGUUUUGCUACAUAUCAAUAUGGGCGUGUCCUGGUAAUGAUGAAGUCUUCAUGGUGAUGUUUGCUAUAGCCAAUGGUCCGUUGAUGUCUGCAAUACUUCCCUACAGAAACUCCCUAGUAUUCCAUGAUUACGACCGACUCACCUCGGCCUAUAUUCAUGUCAUACCAGCAUUUGUAUCAUUCUGCAUACGAUGGUAUCCAGUAGCAACCUCCACACACUGGUAUAGUCCAUUUAUUGUACAAGCUACCCCUUCUUUUAUUUGGCUAGUUGCUGUACCUCUUGGGGGUUUCCUAGCUCAUUUUAUAUUCUAUCACGUGCUUGUGAGGGUGUGUAUACGACCAAAGGAAGGCUUUAUAGACACCUACUCAUAUCUUGUGGGCAAGGACGAUGGUUUUAUUGCAAGAUUAACACGUUGCUGUGGAGUGAAGGCUCAGUUUUGGAUGUUCGCGUUGUUCACGAUGAUCUACUGUCUCGUGGGCUUUCUCUUUGUACGACUCUGGUACGACUAUUUCAUCGCGCAUUGUGUAUUCCUGGUGCUCGUCUCGACGUUGGUUGCGUGGAAUGGCGGUAGUUUCUACAUUGAUGUGUUCGGGAAGAAGGGAUUAAAGAAAGAGGGGGAGGAAUCUCUGAAUCAAACUGUGUAGAAUGCUUGUUUGUGUCUGUCUUUGUUUUGGUAUGUUAACCCUUUUAACUCCAAGCCAGAAUCAGUUUGAGGCAUAUUAUUAUUAACUCUCAGUGCAAGGUUGACUUUAAAACAGAAGGGGUCCAACUAAAAGAAAAAGAAGAACCCUGUUGAAUAACAGCUUUAACCCCCUGUUCUCUGUGAGAGAAAGGGUUUUUUGCACUCUAAUGCAUUAACAUAUCAAAUUUUGGUAUAUCUAGUCUACUUAUUGGAAAUGAUGUAAUUGACCAACUUUUAGCUUGGGAACAUAUCACAGUUUACAGUGUUCUAUGUUUUUCUAAUAAUUGUGUAUAGUAAUACUCCAGUGCUGCUAUGUUUUGUUCUUCACAUUGUUAUUAUUGCUUGACACUUAGGUUUGUAAUUGCAUAUUUGAUGACAUAUCCUUUAUUGUCAGAGUAGUUUAGAAGUCUGCAAUGACAAGCCAGGGGGCCUGUCAUUGAAAACUUGUAUGUUUUUAUACUCUUCUAAUUCUUAUUUACACUAGAUACUAUUGGACUCUCUUUAAAAAAACUUGUUGUAUACUUGUUAAGUUGUUUUGUGUUGACUUGAUCAGCUCUGUACUGUAGCUGUCUUGAUCUGUGAUAUGAGUGGUUUUCAUUGUGUUUGUCGUAACACUAAUAGGAUUUUUAGUUUGUUUUUGAAAUCGGCAAAAAUUCUUCUGCCAAAAUUAGGCUUGAACUUACAUGUACAAGUACCAAAACGGUUCUAGAUGUUUCCUUCAACUUUGUUACAGGUUUAUGAAUGUCUCUGUGAUACUGUCUCAGUCAUGUUGUAUUUUCAUCUGUGAUAUUGUUUUAUUUAGUGAACUUGUAGGAAGGGUUGACCUUGCAUGGAUCUCGAUUAACCAUCGGCAAUAAAAAAUAUACAGUUAUGGCCAUCUGAGAAUUUGGGUGACGCCAGAAAACGAAAAACAAUUUGUCUUUGGGAACGUUAUAAGCCAUGACAGGAUCUGUUGAGUGACAUCAGAUUCGUGCUUAUCUUAAUAUUUGCCGACUCGAUAAGGCCUUUAGGGGGGACGGGUCUGAGUGACAAACUGCUCGACUCUUUGGCCUUGCAAUACAGCAGAAAAGUAUUGUUGUGUCAAAGUUAAGUCUUUCAGUCUAUGUAACUUUCUCAGAGGACUUGAUCCUCCUUGUUGUCUUUUGUUAUCUGUAGAAUUGUUUUGUUGAGCUAAUUUUUAUCUAAUUGUUC